AUCAGACCCUUUUUUUGUCUCUCGAUUGCUGUCUCACGACCAAACUCCGAUGUGUUCCGUUAUCAGCGACCUAAAGCCUGCCAUUCCAGCACCUGUCUUGCUAGGGAUCGGUGGAUAGUAUACGAUUCAGAAAGCAGACAAGGACAUAGGAGGAGAGAGAGCUCUAGAGACAGCCAGGGAUAGGCACAGAGAGCUUUGAAGUAAUUGGAUUCAAUGGACGAAAUGCUGCUGUUGACAAGAAUUCUCUUGGUGGGCUUCAUCUGCGCUCUUUUAGUCUCCUCUGGGCUGACUUGUGGACCAGGCAGGGGCAUUGGAAAAAGGAGACACCCCAAAAAGCUGACCCCUUUAGCCUAUAAGCAGUUUAUUCCCAAUGUGGCAGAGAAGACCCUAGGGGCCAGUGGAAGAUAUGAAGGGAAGAUCACAAGAAACUCCGAGAGAUUUAAAGAACUAACCCCAAAUUACAACCCUGACAUUAUUUUUAAGGAUGAAGAGAACACGGGAGCUGACAGACUGAUGACUCAGCGCUGCAAGGACAAGCUGAACGCCCUGGCGAUCUCGGUGAUGAACCAGUGGCCCGGGGUAAAGCUGAGGGUUACCGAGGGCUGGGACGAGGACGGCCACCACUCCGAGGAGUCCUUGCACUACGAGGGCCGCGCCGUGGACAUCACCACUUCGGAUCGGGACCGCAGCAAGUACGGCAUGCUGGCCCGCCUGGCCGUCGAGGCCGGCUUCGACUGGGUCUACUACGAGUCCAAGGCACACAUCCACUGCUCCGUCAAAGCAGAAAACUCGGUGGCCGCCAAAUCUGGGGGCUGCUUCCCUGGCUCGGCCACGGUGCACCUGGAGCAAGGCGGUACCAAGCUGGUGAAGGACCUGAGACCCGGAGACAGGGUGCUGGUGGCCAACACCGAAGGCCGCCUGCUCUACAGCGACUUCCUCACCUUCCUCGACCGGGAGGACGGCUCCCACAAGCUCUUCUACGUGAUCGAGACGCGGCAGCCCCGGGCCCGGCUGCUGCUGACUGCCGCCCACCUGGUCUUCGUGGCCCCCCAGCACAACCAGUCGCAGGAGGGGACCCCCAGCAGCCGGGCGCUCUUCGCCAGCCGCGUGCGGCCGGGCCAGCGGGUCUUCGUGCUGGGCGAGGACGGGCGGCAGCUCCUGCCCGCGGCCGUGCACAGCGUGUCGCUGCGGGAGGAGGCGUCGGGGGCCUACGCCCCGCUCACCGCCCAGGGCACCAUCCUCAUCAACCGCGUGCUGGCCUCCUGCUACGCCGUCGUGGAGGAGCACAGCUGGGCACACUGGGCCUUCGCCCCCUUCCGCCUGCUCCAGGGGAUGCUGGCCGCCCUCUGCCCCUCCGGAGGGGCGUCCCCCAUGGGUGACCCCACGGCCCCCGGCAUCCACUGGUACUCUCGGCUCCUCUACCGCAUCGGCAGCUGGGUGCUGGAUAGUGACUCUCUGCACCCGCUGGGCAUGGUGGUGUCGUCCAGCUGAGAGCAUCCUGUGCCACCCCGGGCCACCUGCCGGCCUCCGAGGGAGAGACAGAGACACAGGGGGAGAGAAAGAGAGAGAGAGAGAGAGAAGAGAGAGAGAGAGAGAGAGCGAGAGAGAGAGAGAGAGAGAGGAGAAUAAAAAAGAGAAAGAAAAAAAAAAAAGAAAAGAAAAACCCAAAAGAAAAAAAAAAAAAGAAAAAAACCCCUAUUUUUAAAAGAGAGCACGGAUUAAGACUUAAAAAUAAUAAUAAUAAUAAAAUAAUAAUAAUUAAGUAGGACAGUCCAAAGUAGACUUUAAGGGAAACAAAGACCCCGGGAAGUUCUGUUCUGUUUAGUUUAUAAAUAUAUAUAUAUUUUUAUUUGUUCUUUUGUUUUGUUUGUUGGUUGUUUUUGUUGUUGGUUUUUGUUUUUCCUCCUCUCCUGGAUAUUUAUUUCUUUGGUAUUUUGAAUAGAUGUUUUAAAUGAUAUGAACCGGACCUUCAAGAGCCUUAAAUAGUUUCUUUGAUAAUUUAUUAUCAUGUGAACUGUACUCACACGGGAAAAAAUUAUUUUGUGAGGCCAAGCAAAACUGCGCAGAGUCUAUUUUUCUACAUGUCAUGUGUGUCCUGACUUUCAGAAAGCAAAAUUCUGUACUUUCCCAUCUCUCCAUUGCAUUGCUCCUUCAUUUCAGCAAGUCUAAAAAACAAGCAAACAAACAGACACACACAAAAAAGACAAACUUCAUGGGGGUCCGUAAAUUAUAUUUUUAUACACAGAAUUGUAAAUUAGAUUUUUUUGAGAGAUCAAUACUUAACUGAAUCACAUUUCGUUUUUUGAAAUAGUGUAAAAUAUGAGAAUAUAUUAUUUUAAUUUAAAUAGUUUCAAAUGUAACAUCAUUUCCUGUAUUGUUUUCCAUGUUUUGCUUUGUAAAAACACCAUUUGGCCACGUCCAUGGAAGUCAAGACUGUUACACAAACUUUUUAUUUGCAAAAACCGUAAGAAACUUUGUUAUUUUUAACUUCAAAAAAAAAGUUUAUUAGAAAAUAAUAUUUUUUAAAAAGCGCACAUGGCGGCAAUUGUGUGACGAUGGAGAUGGUAGUUUGUACAGAGAGGAGAAAAGGAUGUUUUGCAUUAAUAAAUUGAGAAAUAACUGCUGUAAAUUUACUAAAAUGUAUUUUUGAAUAUUUUGUAAUAGUUUUAAUAGUUUUAUAGAAAUAAAAUGUGCCAUGCACAGUCUGGUUAGUAUAUAAUAACUAAGAGUUCCUGGUGCAUCCCAUCUUUUUUUUUUUUUCCUUUUUGCUUAUUGUUUUAGGAAACAUGAUGCCUAAAGGAGUGCCCGUUAUUUUAUUUAGAUGUGUUGCUUAUGACAUUUCAUUUUGGUACUUUAAUUAUCGAAAAGAAUCCAUCACAUUUGAGCAUAACCUGGAAUCUCUUGUACUGACAGUAGAACCUCACUUAUUUGCACGAGCGACCGGGAGACGCGGUUUCCCUUUGCUGGAGCCCUGGCUCCCCAUCCACACUCAGGCGAUGCUCCCCUCUUCCAGCUCCAGCCCCGGCUCCGUGUCCACUUCCUGGCCUGAUCCGGAGACUGCAGACAGCUCUUAAAAUUGAUUUCUGAGGAUAUUAAAUCAAGUUUUCCCUUUGAAGUGUGUUAAUGUGAAGGCAGGCAACUGCCUUCACCUUGCGGCAGCACCGGGAUUUUAAUUGGCUUUAAUUUGGGUGCCAGAAGAUGGAAAUCUGAGGGAGAGACACUGACUUUGGUGAGUUAUCAGGGAUUCAUGUGGCAGAUGCUGGAAGAAGGAGACAGCCACCAGAUUUCACUGGUCACUUUGAGUAACAACACAGGGCUUGGGACCACCAGGAACAGAGCAAAACACCAUUUUUGCAAAACAAAGGAAAGGAUAAAGAUUUGUUCAUUUAUGCUGAGAGACAUUCCUUAGCUGUAAUGCAGGAGUCCGUCCCGAGCCACCGAUAGGUGAAGGCACUGGAGAUGUGUUUUAGGAGCUGAGUGAUGUGGCCAGUGCUGCAUCCCCUGCCUGGUCCCUGCCCCAAUCCCCGCUGAGGGGACCAUCCUUGACAGGUGCCGAUCAGUGAGGUUCUGCUGCACUGCCUGCUCCUCCACGGGGGUUUCCAGGAACCCUUUAAAAAUUUUGCAAAACAUUGUGUGUGCAUGUGCGUGUGCGUCUGCGACAGGACCGUGCCAGAAGGGAGCUUUCCUUGAAUGUCUUCUCACCUUUCCUUUGGUUUCCAUUACUUGCCGGUCUAGGACGCGCAUCCGUCGGGCAGCCUUUGCUCCAGAGACACAGCCACGUUCCCUGCUGAGAUGGACGGCAGCUCCAGCGCCUCCCCGGAAUGUUCCCACCUGUGGCCCUCUCCAGAGAUGCUCUUCCAUGAUGAAAUCCUAGGAGCUUCUGGAGUGCUGUCAGGAGCUGGUGGCUGAGCCCCAUGCGUGAGCACUGCUGUGUCAAGCCCUAAGAGAUGGAUGUGGUCUCUCCUUCCUGUCAGCCUCUAGUCCAGGACCACUUCCAACCUCCACAGCCCAGACAUGGCUGGGGUGAUGAGACUUCGGUGAGACCACCAGCGGGCUGCAGUACCAGGACAGGAACCAAGCCACCCUAAUGCCCACCUGACGUGGGGCAUCGUGGGGGACUGUGGACUGUCUGGUGGGUGCUGGGGACCUGCUGUCCACCCCAGCUCGGACUCUGCCACCUCCAUGUCUUUGGGGUCUGCUGGUGCAUUGAGGGCAGAAAAUGCAGCUGGUUUGGGGCAUGCGAGAAUGUGAUCGUGGAACAAAUGAGUCCCUGCUGUAAGAGUCUGGUCUUUGCAUGUAUGGCAGUGUCUGGGCAUCUGGGCUCUCUUACCCCUGUCUCUGAGUGGCAGCUGCCAUUUCUUAAGGCCCUUACACUCAAAAAAAUGACCGCCUUGGAAUGUGCCUUCUCCAGAGGUCAGGCAGUGGGGAUGUUUAGGGACGUCAGUGAUCAAACUUAAAGCCACUGGCUUGGGGGCUUCAGUCUAAGUUGUAACUGAGAUGUAAAUGAGCCAUCAGAAGAGAGCCCAUGCUUGUGUCAAGGGAAGGGUAUAUGCCUGGUAGGGACCAUAUCAGACAUUGCUGCAUUUAAUCUUCACCAAAAGGCCAAGAUGAGCUCAGAGCUUUGUGGUGUGAGACACGCUAAGAUGCUGUCUAGUACUAGGAUCAAGCUGUUUGGCCAAGCAAAGAAAUGCUGUGCCAUGUUCUCCACUGCACAUAUUCCAAGAGGCUUUCUGCCUUCCUCUCCCCACGUGUGUAUUCCAUCUCUUCCUCCGGCACCUCUCGUCUGGAUCACCCCUCGGUGGUGUGCGUUAGAAGUGCUUCCUUAGAUGGGCCAACCCAAACCGUAGCUACAGCUCUCGUAUGAAGGAUGUACUGUCAUAACGCUGUGCAAAACGUCUAGGAGAUGUCACUGUCCAUUUUCAGGGUCCGAGUACGGCAAUAGUUUGUAUAAAAUGUACACAUAGUGGUGGCUACAGAAUAGUUUAUGACUAAAUACAUAUCUAUUACUGUUAAAAUAAUGUAUAAGAAUGUACUUGAAGCUAUUAUC